UAUGUUCCUCUUUCUAUGUUAUGUUGAUUGUUUUGGAUUUUUGAAUGUAAAAUUUUUCAUUUCAUGGUCCCUGACCUGAGUUUAAUUGAAUAAAUACGGUUGUGUGGUUACAGCUUCUGGUAUAUCAUGUAAACUGAUUUUGAGUUAUAGAUUAUCAUCGUUUGUAUAAAAUUAAUAAAUAUUUUAGAGACAAUUAUUUUUAUUACUCUUCAAUUUAAUUCACACUUGUUUCCCAACAUCAGCAUGAAUGUAAUAAAUGAGGAGUUGCUACAUAGUAUAAUAUCACAAACUAACAUGCCCCUUGUGCUGAGAGGCUUUGUAAAUAACUGGUCGAUUUGCCAAUGGGAUAUGAAAAAGUGGGCAUCUGUUUUUGGCCAAAGAGAUAUUCCCUUUCGUACUAUGAAGAAAGACUACAUUUCUGAUGAGCCUUGUUGGGAAAGGAAAUGCCAAGUGAAGACCAUGAAAUUUGAAGAUUACCUGAACAUAGUUGAUUCUAGUGAGGACUGGAUGUAUUUUGAUUAUAAAUAUUUACAUCAGUGGUUUAAUGCUGAUGAAGAAUUGUGUAAGGAAAUAAGUUGGAAGCAGUUUGGCUACCCUGACAAGGGUGCGGCAGACACUACUCUCUGGAUCGGAAGUGAUGGCGCACACACUCCAACACACCAGGACACCUAUGGAGUCAAUAUUGUCGCUCAGGUGUAUGGCAAAAAGCGAUGGUUGCUAUUUCCUCCUGAGGCUGGCGGAAUGAAGUCAACCAGGGUACCAUACGAGGAGUCCAGCAUUUACAGUGAACUAAACUUCUAUUGUCCUAACAGUCUAGAGGACUUCAGAGGGCUGUCGGGCGGGCGCGUGGUGGAGCUGUGCGCCGGCGACGCGCUGGUGUUGCCGCGCGGCUGGUGGCACUACGUGCAGAACCUCGCGCCCACCAGCGUCGCCGUCAACUGCUGGCUGCCGCACGAAAAGGACAUUUCUACUAGAGUAUCGGAGGCGCUCAUCAAGAUACUGGUUGCUCAGAUCUGUAAGGAUCUGCCGCAGUCGACUCGAGCACUCCUCAUUAAUCCAAACGAGGAUGACAUCUCGGACACACCUUUGGCAGUGCUGUUCUUACAACUAGAAACUGUUGCCAAGUUGUAUCUGGACAACCGACGCAAAACGCGUCGAGCGAAGAGACAGCGGACCUGCGAGCCCGACCCCGCGCCGGCCACGACCGAGGAAUAUGACCUCAAGGCUUUAUUGGAGAAUACAGCUAACAAGAUGGAGUUGGCUCAGCCUAUUACUAGUGAAGGGAUAAUAGGUUUGAUACAAGAGAAUCUCAAACGGUACGCUAAUGUUGAGCGAGUGUUGGGGGAUGAUGAGGUGGACGGAAGCACGGCCAGUCUGUGCCUGACGAAGGCGCUCAUUGAUGCGUACAGCGACGAAAAUGUCGUCGAACAGGUGAAACGAAACCUCCUCGCCAAACUAAGUUAACGCCCCGUGUCAUAUAUUUGUGAUAUUGAUUAGAUCUCAACUUUUACGAAUGUAAAUAUUUUAUAUUUUGAAUUUCAUUUGUAGAUGUAUUCGAUGUUAGUAUGUGUAUUCAACGAAUUAUGA